CGCGGUCGGGGGCCGAGUUUUUUCUUUUCUAACACCGCUCGCCCUUUCUGAGUCGGUUCCACGAUAGAGGUGACCCGACUGGUCUGAGGCUCAUUCGGCAAGUGCAGAAAGUGUCCGCGCCCUUCCCAAUCAUGUCUGAACCAAUCCGAGUCCUUGUGACUGGAGCAGCUGGUCAAAUUGCAUAUUCACUACUAUACAGUAUUGGAAAUGGAUCUGUCUUCGGUAAAGACCAGCCUAUCAUUCUCGUGCUGUUGGAUAUCACUCCCAUGAUGGGUGUCCUGGAUGGUGUCCUGAUGGAGCUGCAAGACUGUGCCCUUCCCCUCCUGAAAGAUGUCAUCGCCACAGAUAAAGAAGAGAUUGCCUUCAAAGACCUGGAUGUGGCCAUUCUUGUGGGCUCCAUGCCAAGAAGGGAUGGCAUGGAGAGGAAAGAUUUACUCAAAGCAAAUGUGAAAAUCUUCAAAUGCCAGGGUGCAGCCUUGGACAAAUAUGCCAAGAAGUCAGUUAAGGUUAUUGUGGUGGGAAAUCCAGCCAAUACCAACUGCCUGACUGCCUCCAAGUCGGCACCAUCCAUCCCCAAGGAGAACUUCAGUUGCUUGACUCGUUUGGAUCACAACCGAGCUAAAGCUCAGAUUGCUCUUAAACUUGGAGUGACUUCUGAUGAUGUAAAGAAUGUCAUCAUCUGGGGAAACCAUUCCUCAACUCAGUAUCCAGAUGUCAACCAUGCCAAAGUGAAACUGCAAGGAAAGGAAGUUGGUGUUUAUGAAGCUCUGAAAGAUGACAGCUGGCUCAAGGGAGAAUUCAUCACGACUGUGCAGCAGCGUGGUGCUGCCGUCAUCAAAGCACGAAAACUGUCCAGUGCAAUGUCGGCUGCAAAAGCCAUCUGCGACCACGUCAGAGACAUCUGGUUUGGAACCCCAGAGGGGGAGUUUGUGUCCAUGGGCAUUAUCUCAGAUGGCAACUCCUAUGGUAUUCCUGAUGAUCUGCUUUACUCGUUCCCUGUUACAAUCAAGGAUAAAACCUGGAAAAUUGUUGAAGGUCUCCCUAUUAAUGAUUUCUCACGUGAGAAAAUGGAUCUUACUGCAAAGGAACUGGCAGAAGAGAAAGAAACUGCAUUUGAAUUUCUUGCCUCUGCCUGACUAGACAAUCAUUUCGAUGUUACUAAAUGCCCCAAAGCUGAAGAAUCUAAAUGUCGUCUUUGACUCUAGUACAAAAUAAUAAUAAUGCCAUACUUAAAUUACUUGUGAAAAACAACACACUUUAAAGAUUGUGUGCUUCUCGGUACAAGUCUGUGACGGUUGAUCAUCAUGCUGUUGGUGUCGCAUUCUAAAAUAAAUAUAUAUUCAAGUGAAGAUGA